AUGUUACCCAUAAGAGUUCCCUUUUAUGUUACAUGUUCCAACAGAUUAGCGUGCAGCGAAGUGCGUGAGUUCGAGUAUAAGGUCUUGGAGUCUCAAGCUUUUGGAAGAGAAACAGACGAGUCUACUGAAAGCCUUGAAGCAAGAUUUGUUAAACUCUUGUGCUCCAAAUCUGAUUCCCCGAGCUCGAAUGCUAGUAGUGAUCUGUCCCAAGUGAGCGAGAAGAUUAGUUUACUGCUUUUCGAGAACGAUGACCAGCUUGAUCAGAUGCUAAUGAAUGAAAUCUCUCAAGAGAGUAUGAAAGAAAAGCUUUUGCAGGAAGCUCUGAAAGAAAGCUUGCACUCUUGGCUUUUGCAGAAGAUAGCAGAAGGUGGAAGAGGUCCGAAUGUGUUUGAUGAAGGUGGGCAAGGUAUAUUACAUUUUGCAGCUGCUCUCGGUUACAACUGGGCGUUAGAACCGACGGUAGUAGCUGGAGUCAGCGUCGAUUUUCGAGAUGUAAAUGGUUGGACUGCACUUCAUUGGGCAGCUUUCUUUGGCAGGGAGCUGGUGAUUGGUUCUCUCAUAGCUCUCGGUGCUUCUCCCGGAGCUUUGACUGAUCCGAAUCCAGAUUUUCCAUCAGGUAGCACACCUUCUGAUCUAGCCUACGCUAAUGGUUACAAAGGAAUCGCUGGUUAUCUCUCGGAAUACGCCUUAAGGGCUCAUGUUUCUUUGCUCAGUCUAAAUGAGAGCAACGCAGAAACAUCUGAGAGUGCUCCUAGCCCGUCCAGCUCGUCGUUGACAGACUCUCUUUCAGCUGUGCGUAACGCUACGCAAGCAGCAGCUCGGAUUCAUCAGGUCUUUAGGGCUCAGUCUUUCCAGAAGAAGCAGAUGAAAGAGUUUGGAGUGUCGGAAGAGCGUGCUCUUUCAAUGCUUGCUCCUAAAACACACAAACAAGGACGGGCGCAUAGCGAUGAUUCAGUGCAAGCCGCUGCUAUCCGGAUUCAAAACAAGUUCCGUGGUUAUAAAGGAAGAAAAGAUUAUUUGAUUACUAGACAAAGAAUCAUCAUAAUACAGGCUCAUGUAAGAGGUUAUCAGGUUAAGAAAAACUACAGGAAGAUAAUAUGGUCGGUGGGGAUAUUAGAGAAGGUGAUACUGCGUUGGAGAAGGAAAGGAGCUGGUCUGCGUGGGUUUAGGUCAGACGCACUUGUUGAUAAGAUGCAAGACGGAACAGAGAGAGAAGAGGAUGAUGAUUUCUUCAAGCAAGGUAGAAAGCAAACAGAGGAAAGGCUUCAAAAGGCUCUUGCAAGAGUUAAGUCAAUGGCUCAGUAUCCCGAAGCUAGAGAUCAGUACCGUAGAUUUGUUAAUGUUGUCAACGACAUCCAAGAAAGCAAGGUUGAAAAGGCUCUUGAGAGUUCAGAAGAAGCAACUUGUUUUGAUGAUGAUCUAAUAGAUAUUGAAGCAUUGUUGGGAGAUGAUGACACUUUGAUGUUGCCCAUGUCCUCAACUUUGGGGAACACUUAG